GGCUGCGGCCGGUGGGCAGCGGCGCGCGGGGAGGGGCCGCAGCAUCCUCUUCCCCCCGCGGCGCCCCGGCCGGGAGCGGAGGAGGCCGGGCUCCGAGGCGCCCGCCGUGCAGCCCGCCGCCGGAGGGGCGCAGACCCGACACAGCCCUGAUCCCCUUUGCUGUGCUGAGAGACGGGAUCUGAACCACCCCCAGCCUGGGGGAAGAUGGCCCUGCUGCAGUGUAUCUGGCUCAGGUGAGGGGCGAUGGCGGAGAGGAUGUGACCCGCACGGACCCUUCUCCACGCACCGACUGGCACCACCAUGCAGAAGCCCAGCGGCCUGAAGCCCCCCGGCCGAGGGGGGAAGCAUUCGAGCCCCGUGGGCCGGACGUCCACUGGGUCAGCCUCCGUGUCCGCAGCGGCGGCAGCCACCAGCUCCAAGGAAGGCUCCCCCCUGCACAAGCAGGCCUCGGGCCCUGUCGCCCCCGCCGCCGCCCCCGCCCCCGCCCCCGCCGCCGCGCCCGAGAAGCCGGGCCCCAAGGCGGCCGAGGUGGGCGACGACUUCCUGGGGGACUUCGCGGUGGGCGAGCGGGUGUGGGUGAACGGCGUGAAGCCAGGCGUGGUGCGGUACCUGGGCGAGACGCAGUUCGCGCCGGGCCAGUGGGCCGGCGUGGUGCUGGACGAGCCGGUGGGCAAGAACGACGGCGCGGUGGGCGGCGUGCGCUACUUCGAGUGCCCGGCCCUGCAGGGCAUCUUCACGCGGCCCUCCAAGCUCAGCCGGCAGCCCGCGGCCGAGGGCUCGGGCAGCGACGCGCACUCGGUGGAGUCGCUCACCGCCCAGAACCUGUCGCUGCACUCGGGCACGGCCACGCCGCCCCUCAGCAGCCGGGUCAUCCCGCUGCGGGAGAGCGUCCUCAACAGCUCGGUCAAGACCGGCAACGAAUCGGGCUCCAACCUCUCGGACAGCGGCUCCGUGAAGCGGGGCGACAAGGACCUGCGCCUGGGAGACCGCGUGCUGGUUGGCGGUACGAAGACUGGCGUGGUGCGGUACGUGGGGGAGACAGACUUUGCCAAGGGCGAGUGGUGUGGCGUGGAGCUGGAUGAGCCCCUUGGGAAGAACGAUGGGGCGGUGGCGGGCACCAGGUACUUCCAGUGCCCACCCAAGUUUGGUCUCUUCGCACCCAUCCACAAGGUCAUCCGCAUCGGCUUCCCAUCCACCAGCCCGGCCAAGGCCAAGAAGACCAAGCGCAUGGCCAUGGGCGUCUCGGCGCUGACCCACAGCCCCAGCAGUUCCUCCAUCAGCUCUGUCAGCUCCGUGGCUUCCUCCGUGGGGGGCCGGCCCAGCCGCAGCGGACUGCUCACAGAGACCUCCUCGCGCUACGCCCGCAAGAUAUCGGGCACCACUGCCUUGCAAGAGGCAUUAAAGGAGAAGCAGCAGCACAUCGAGCAGCUGCUGGCUGAGCGGGACCUGGAGCGGGCCGAGGUGGCCAAGGCCACAAGCCACAUCUGCGAAGUGGAGAAGGAGAUCGCCCUGCUCAAGGCGCAGCACGAACAGUAUGUUACAGAAACAGAGGAGAAGCUGCAGCGGGCCCGGCUGCUAGUGGAGAGCGUGCGGAAGGAGAAGGUGGACCUGUCCAACCAGCUGGAGGAGGAGAGGAGGAAGGUGGAGGACUUGCAGUUCCGGGUGGAGGAGGAAUCCAUCACCAAAGGAGACCUGGAGACCCAGACGCAGCUGGAGCACGCCCGCAUUGGGGAGCUGGAGCAGAGUCUGCUGCUGGAGAAGGCGCAGGCCGAGCGGCUGCUCCGCGAAUUAGCCGACAACAGGCUGACCACGGUGGCCGAGCAGUCGCGCGUGCUGCAGCUGGAGGAGGAGCUGAGCCUGCGCCGCGGCGAGAUCGAGGAGCUGCAGCAGUGCCUGCGGCACUCGGGCCCGCCGCCGGCCGACCACCCCGAGGCGGCCGAGACGCUGCGGCUGCGGGAGCGGCUGCUGUCCGCCAGCCAGGAGCACCAGCGGGAGAGCGGCGCCCUGCGCGACAAGUACGAGAAGGCUCUGCGGGCCUACCAGGCGGAGGUGGAGAAGCUCCGGGCAGCCAACGAGAAGUACGCGCAGGAGGUGGUGGACCUCAAGGCCAAGGUGCAGCAGGCCACCAGUGAGAACAUGGGCCUCAUGGACAACUGGAAGUCCAAGCUGGACUCGCUGGCCUCGGACCACCAGAAGUCCCUGGAGGACCUCAAGGCCACCCUGAACUCGGGCCCGGGCGCCCAGCAGAAGGAGAUCGGGGAGCUGAAGGCGGUGAUGGAGGGCAUCAAGAUGGAGCACCAGCUGCAGCUGGGCAACCUGCGGGCCAAGCACGACAUCGAGACGGCCGUGCACGUCAAGGAGAAGGAGGGGCUGCGGCAGAAGCUGCAGGAGGCCCAGGAGGAGCUGGCCGGGCUGCGGCAGCACUGGCGGGCCCAGCUGGAGGCGCAGGCCGGCCAGCACCGGCUGGAGCUGCAGGAGGCCCAGGACCGGUGCCGCGACGCUGAGCUGCGGGUGCACGAGCUGGAGAAGCUGGACGCGGAGUAUCGGGGCCAGGCGCAGGCCAUCGAGUUCCUCAAGGAGCAGAUCUCCCUGGCCGAGAAGAAGAUGCUGGACCAUGAGCUGCUGCAGCGGUCGGAAGCUCAGAGCAAGCAGGAGGCCGAGAGGCUGCGGGAGAGGCUUCUGGUGGCUGAAAACAGACUGCAGGCCGUCGAGUCCCUGUGCUCGUCCCAGCACAGCAACAUGAUUGAGUCCAACGACAUUUCAGGGGAGAAGAUCAGGAUGAAGGAGACUAUAGAGGGCCUGCAGGACAAGCUGAACAAGAGGGACAAAGAGGUGACAGCCUUGAUGUCCCAGACCGAGAUGCUCAGGGCCCAAGUAAGUGCACUGGAGACAAAGUGCAAGUCGGGAGAGAAGAAGGUGGACGCCCUCCAGAAGGAGAAGCGGCGCUUGGAGGCAGAGCUGGAGGCCGUGUCCCGAAAGACGCACGACGCCUCGGGCCAGCUGGUCCUCAUCAGCCAGGAGCUGCUCCGGAAGGAGCGGAGCCUGAACGAACUUCGAGUGUUGCUGCUGGAGGCCAAUCGCCACUCCCCGGGGCCCGAGAGGGACCUGAGCCGCGAGGUCCACAAGGCCGAGUGGAGGAUCAAGGAGCAGAAGCUCAAGGACGACAUCCGGGGUCUGCGAGAAAAGCUGACCGGGCUGGACAAAGAGAAGUCCCUGGUGGACCAGCGGCGCUAUUCCCUCAUUGACCCGGCCUCCGCGCCCGAGCUCCAGCGGCUGCAGCGCCAGCUCGUGAGCACGGAGGACACGCUGCGGGACGCCCUGGACCAGGCUCAGCAGGUGGAGAAGCUCAUGGAGGCCAUGAGGAGCUGCCCCGACAAGUCCCAGGCCAUCAGCAAUUCCAGUUCUGCAAACGGCAUCCACCAGCAAGACAAGGGCCACAAACAAGAGGAGAAGCACUGACCCCGAGGGACACCGUGGAGCGGCUGAUCCACACCACAGCCCCUGCAGCCUGCCCCGGCGGCGCCCCCUCCAGGCAGGGGCCAGGACUGUCACUUUGGAGACAAGAACAGUGUUUGUAACAAUAACGUGCCCACUGCCUCGGACAAUCCCCCAUCCCCGACUCCCCUGCGGGACCAGGAGGCUUCCUCAAGCACGACCUCCCACAGAGAGCGGUACAGUCCCGGCCUGGCCCCCGGGACCUUCGGCCUGGACAGCCUGGAUGCCCCAGCAGUUUCUGGAAUUUGUUUGGGGGAGGCUGAGGUGAUCUGGCCAGGCCCCCCACCCCACCCCCAGAAGGAGCCGCCCAGAGCACCAUCUUGGCACCCCGGGCGUGUCCCUCCCCUCCCUUCUCCUCCUUCUCCCGGGUUCCCCUGACACCCCAGAGAGCCAUUGUCCCGGGAAAGGGUCAGAGGAGGCCCCCUAGGCACCAAGGAGGGCAGUCCGGUCCUCGGGAGCCAGGUGGGGACCCCUUUUCUGCAGCCCCCAGGCUUCUUGUCCCAACAAACAGUGGUACAAGCCCCCUUCAGCCCCUCUGCCCAGCUCAGCCCAAGUUCAAGGUGUUGUGGGGACAAGGUCCUCCCCUCCCCACCCCCAACACCAGCUCAUACAUGUAGCUCCAAGCUGCUGGCCAGACGGUCACCAUAAGGCCAGGAGCCACAGUAUUAGGAAAGUUUGGAAGCCCCUCUCCUCAUCCCCCCUCACGGGCCUGGCUGGGAGCUGGGGCAGCGGGGCCGCUGGAGAGUCCAGACCCGGGGCUCCAGGCACUGGUCCGCCACGCGGCGUCCCCGGGGUGGACUAGCUAUUCCAGAACUGGGCCUCUGCCCCGCAGACACGCUCACGCAGGCUCUGACCCAGACACGCACCGACCCUGGCCUGCGCACCGGGGGUCUCGCACGCAUGCGCAGCCGUGUGGGCGGGGGCGUUUGCGGUCCGAAGAUGCCCGCGCUGCGGUCCUGGGGUCGAACCCCCGGCCUGGCAGGGCUGUGCCCGGACACACAGCACACGGUUCUGCUGCCGCGCUGUGUGGGUGUACACCCGGGUACCCGUGGGUGUGUUCAGGGACGUGCGUGCCGGGCUCAUUCGUCGGCGGGCACGCCUGCCAGCAGCCCCCUUGCUUACCAGGCACCUGCUCCGAGCUCUGGAAGCCCCGUCCCCGCAGCCAAGAAAAGAGCCCAAGAGCCGUUGUAGAAAAGAAAGAUCUAACUGCCUGUCCCCGAUGCCCGGCGAGCCCGUCUGGGUUACUCCAGGCCUGUGGGGUGGUGGGAAAAGCCAGUAGAAAAACCUCUAGAGCUGGAGGGCCCGUAGGUUACUGCCUUUGCCUCAGUGUCCCCGCGGAGGCCUUCCUCCGCC